UAAGCGUAGUUAUCUGGAAAGCUUAUAUUAUUCUGGAUACCGGGGCACUUGGACACUUUGCUGUCAUAGAAGUGUGUCCACGCAGGCGUCACUGGCGGCUGCUUUAGCUGUAAACAUCAUGUGACCAUGGGCUGUGGCUGGCAGGUAUGUGCCUCGUUGGUCUCAAGAUGGAGCUGAAUGUAAACAACUUUUCUCUGGCUCUCCCAGGCUCCUGCUUCCCUGACAUCCCCUCACAGACUUCCCUUCAAAGCAGGGCUGUCCAAUCUUUUGGCUUCCCUGGGCCACAUUGGAAGAAGAAGAAUUGCCUUGGGCCAAACAUAAAAUACACUAACACUCACGAUAGCCGAUGAGCAAAAAAAGGUCUGUGCGUAAAUCUCAUAAUGUUUUAAGAAAGUUUACAAAUUUGUGUUAGGCCACAUUCAAAGCCCGCAGCCCGAGGGUUGGACAAGCUUGCUGCAGAGGCUGCUCUAGAUAGGGCUGCAGGGGUGGCGUCCGGCAGGUCUAGCUGGAGAAGCAGGAGGAAGGGCAGGAAGGAAUCCUGUUCGGAGCUCCUCGUGUCAUACAUACAGCCCAGCGGGGUGAAGUGGGAGGGGCUGGCGCUACUGCAGGGGGCUAACCUUGGCGGUGAGGGGCAACCUCGGAGAGGAAGCUGCCCAGGAGCAGAGGCUGGGGCGGAGGGCCCUGGGCAGUGCCCCUAUGCCCACAGCAGGACCCUGGCUGCCCGUUCUCCUCUGCAGAGGGCCAGGUGUCUGAAGCUGCCCAGCAGGGUGAGAACAGGCCUGACCUGGACUGGAAACCUGCCAUCUGGCCUCUCGAACCUGAGGACUCCAGGGGGCCUUGAAGAAGGGCCUCAGCGGCAGCAGAGGACCCCGGGCAACUGUGCCUGAGCUGGGCGCUGACGAUGACCGAGACCUGCUGUGUCCCAGGCACUCGCGGCCCCACGGCAAGAGUCGCUGGCGUGAGGGGUUGUCGAGCUUCACAGAGGCCGGGCUGUGUGCCAGGGCCCCGACAGGGCAGGAAGCAGAUAGAGUCCCACAAGCACGAGCCCAGUCCGCAGAAAGGGUUACUUAAAAAAUAAGUUCUGUGAUAAAAUCAAACAGGGUGAAGGGCUAGAAACAGGCCGUGAGGGUGCAGCUUUGGGGAGGGAGGGUCCCUGGGGGUGAGCGGGGAGCUAGGAGAGAAGCAGCACUCUGGAGGGGCCCGGGCAAGGCCUGCCUGAGUGGGAGGGGGCAGAGCACGAGGGCCCAGGCUCCAGGCUGGGUGGGACUGCCCUGAAGUGCCCCCACGCCCUGCGGAGACAGCCAAGGGGCAGAUGGAAGGAGGUAGGGGGUGGGCUGGGGACAGCGUUUCCUGUAAACAGGUGGAACCUGGCGGCGAGGGGCCCUUCCCAGAGACAGUCAGAGUCUCUAAAUGUCCAGUUUCUUCCCCAAGUCCACACAGCCCACAAGAAUCCGCUGGGUCCAUGUGGCCCUGCCCAGUGGGGCUUCCCUUCCAGUGUGUGAGGAGCACAGGUGCCAGGCCACGUCAGGGAGGCCAGGCCUGGUGGGGACGGGGUGCCCCAGGCCACUGCUGGGUAGGAACGAUGCCCAGCGGAGGGGGCGCGGUGGAGUUCAUGGCUGGCCUGGCGGUGGGGGGUGGGGGAGCUGUGCAGGGCCCUGGCUCUGGUGGGCUGGGUAGGCCUGUUUGGGCACCAUCUGAUCCGCCAGAGGUGGAAGGAGCACCCCUGGGAGAUGCCCUGCCCUGCACCUCCAGUCCCUGCUUGACGGCGGCCAGGCUUGGACUGAUCAGGUGCCGUGCCUUCUGCUGACCCCAGAGGCCAGACCCUGUGGCCAGAGUGAGGGGUGGGAGUUGAGAUCGGGCGGAUGAAAACCCAAAUCUGAGCCUCCUGCCCGGGGAUGAGGCCCCUCUCCACUGAACAUCAUGGCCCAUGGAGACUGGACGGGGAACCCGAGGGCCCACACUGGGGACUGGGCCUGGAGGGACAGCCGGGGAAGCAGGAAGAAGGGCAGGAAGGAAGGGACAGGAGCCAGGCCCGGGAUAACAGCAGAGAAGGACCGAUGCCCAGCUAGGGUUUCCUCAGGUGCCUCUUGGCAGAGAGCCCUGGUCUGGUUCAGGAGGCCCAGGCACUGGUCUCAGACCUGUCCCCACCUGUGUGACACUGGGCCAAGCUCUUCCCUUCCGUGGGCCUCAGUUUCCACUGCUGUAAAGUGGGGAGGGGUGAAACUGAAGCUCUCCCCAGCCUAUCCCGGCCAUUGAGGAGAGAGAGGCUGUGGUCAGGGGCUGUGGGGCCCAAGCUGGGGAGACAAGGCUCCCGCUCUCAGGAUGGACAGGGCCCAGGAAGGGGGUGCUCUGCACCGUGGGGGAGCAGCCUGGGCCUACGGGCUCCCCCACCAUGAGCCCAGAGGGAAGAUGUCCGCUGAGGAGGUGGGGGCCAGGGAGAAUAUUCUAGAGCAGAUAGGGGUGGUCUGGGUAGGCUUCUGAGGGGGUGGGCUUGGAGGAGGGGCAGGUGGCUGAGUUGGGGGGAAGCAGGGGAGGAGCCAGCGUGCCUGCGUGUGCUGGAGCAUGUGCCUCUCACCCGUGUGCGUUGGUGUGUGCAUGUGUGUGUGCAUGUGUGCCAGGGUGUGUGUAUGUGUAUUGGAAGGUGCCCACGGAGCGUGUCUGCAUGAACCAGGAUGAGUGUGCGUGCUGCACCCUGUCUGGGGGCUGGGCAUGAGGCACUGGGGAGGGCGGGCUGACCGCAGACCCUGGGAGGGCUGGGCCCUGGGAAGAUUUCCGAGAUGACAGGGCAGAAGUGGGCUGGGGAGGAGGAAGGCUCCGUGGGCGGGGCUGGAGCGCCUCUGGUUUUGCUGUCUCUCACGCUGUUUCCAGAACAAAUGUGUGCCCUCAGCAAGGUUGCUGGCUCCUCAGAGGUGUCAGCACAGGCAGCCGGCACCCCACUUCCCUCCCAGAAAUCCCCCACGCCCUCUAGCUGGGGCUGGUGCAGGAGCAGUGGGGAACUCCGGUUACCCCUGCCCUGCUGCCGUCAGUCAGCCACCCGCCCCCCCACUUUAAGGAGGGGCAGAGUCAGGGACCAGCCCCGAGGGGUGGCUCACCCCAGCUUCACUUCCCCCAGCCCUUCUCAGACAGCCACUGUGCAGGCUUUGGCAGCGGGGGUCACACACUCCACCUAGGAGGCCAAAGCUGCCUGCAGCCCCAGGACCAUGAAUGGCACCUACAACACCUGUGGCUCCAGCGACCUCACCUGGCCCCCGACGAUCAAGCUCGGCUUCUACGCCUACUUGGGCAUCCUGCUGGUGCUGGGCCUGCUGCUCAACAGCCUGGCGCUCUGGGUGUUCUGCUGCCGCAUGCAGCAGUGGACGGAGACCCACAUCUACAUGACCAACCUGGCGGUGGCUGACCUCUGCCUGCUGUGCGCCUUGCCCUUCGUGCUGCACUCCCUGCAAGACACCUCAGACACGCCGCUGUGCCAGCUCUCCCAGGGCAUCUACCUGACUAACAGAUACAUGAGCAUCAGCCUGGUCACGGCCAUCGCCGUGGACCGCUAUGUGGCCGUGCGGCACCCGCUGCGUGCCCGCGGGCUGCGGUCCCCCAGGCAGGCUGCGGCCGUGUGCGCGGUCCUCUGGGUGCUGGUCAUCGGCUCCCUGGUGGCUCGCUGGUUCCUGGGGAUGCAGGAGGGCGGCUUCUGCUUCAGGAGCACCCGGCACAAUUUCAACUCCAUGGCGUUCCCGCUGCUGGGCUUCUACCUGCCUCUGGCCGUGGUGGUCUUCUGCUCCCUGAAGGUGGUGACUGCCCUGGCCCAGAGGCCACCCACUGACGUGGGGCAGGCAGAGGCCACCCGCAAGGCUGCCCGCAUGGUCUGGGCCAACCUUGUGGUGUUUGUGGUCUGCUUCCUGCCCCUGCACGUGGGGCUGACGGUGCGCCUCGCUGUGGGCUGGAACGCCUGUGCCCUCCUGGAGAUGAUCCGUCGCGCCCUCUACAUAACCAGCAAGCUCUCAGAUGCCAACUGCUGCCUGGACGCCAUCUGCUACUACUACAUGGCCAAGGAGUUCCAGGAGGCAUCUGCACUGGCCGUGGCUCCCAGUGCUAAGGCCCACAAAAGCCAGGACUCUCUGUGUGUGACCCUCGCCUAGGAGGCGUGCCGUGGGCGCUAUGGGCCAGGUCUCAGGGGCUCCGGGAGGUGCUGCCUGCCAGGGGGAGCUGGGACCAGUAGCAAGGAGCCCAGGAUCAGCCCUGAACUCACUGUGUGCUCUCUUGGAGCCUUGGGUGGGCAGGGACAGCCCAGGUAAAGGCACGAUGUCCUGCUGGUUUCUGCCUCUCCUGUACUCCUGCAUGGAGGGCAUCUCGAAACCCAAGCUGGAAGGACAGGGCGCUCCAGAGACCUCCUGUGAGUGUGGGCCAGCACAGCCUGGGCUCAGACCCUAUCCUGUCAUCCCAUAUUGCAUGUCCACAGGCACCACCCCCCGCCGUUCCACGUUCCACAGGACUGGAGAGAGAUGGCAGUCAUGUUCCGGCAGGGACACAGCAUAAGCAUGCGGCUGAUGGCAUCUCACAGGACCACAGGCUCCGGAGGGUCCAUGCCCAGGAGAGCCCCAUAAGGGCCCUGUGCCUAAAAGGGUGCAUGCCCAGGUGGGCCCAUGCCCAGGAAGGUCCAUGUCUGGGGGGGUUCCAUGCCCAGGAAGGUCCAUGCCCAGGAUGGUCCAUGAGCAGGAGGGCCUCAUUCCCUGGAGGGUCCUGUGCCCAGGAGGGCUCUAUGCCCAAAAGGGUCCCAUGUCCGGGAGGGUCCAUAUCCAAGGGUGUCCAUGCCUGGUGGGGGGGUCUAUGUCCAGGAGGGUCCCAUGCCUGGAAGGGUCCAUGCUCAGGAGGGUUCAUGCCCAGGAGAGUUUAUGCCCAGGAGGGCCCCAUGCCCAGGAGGGUCACGUGCACAGAGGGCCCUGUGCCCAGGAGGAUACAUGUCCAGGAGUGUCCCUGUCCAGGGGGCUCCAUGUCAAGAAAGAUUCAUGCCUAGGAGGGUUCAUGCCCAGGAGUGUCCCUGCCUAGGAAGGUCCGUUACCAGACGGGCCCAUGUCAAGGAGGGUUCAUGCCCAGGAAGGUCCAGCCCAGGAGGGUCCAUGUCAAGGAGGUUCCAUGCCCAGGAGGGUCCAUGCUGAGGUGGGUCCAUGCCCAGGAGGGUUCAUGUCCAGAAACGUCCAUGCCUAGGAGGGUCCAUACACAACAGAGCCCUGUGCCCAGGAAGGACCAUGUCAAGGAGAACCCCAUGCCCAGGAGGGUCCAUGCCCAGUAAGGGCCAUGCCCAUGAGAUCCUCAUGCCCAGGAAGGCCCAUGCCCAGGAGAGUCCAUGCCCAGGCCAGUUCAUGCCCAGGAGGGCCCCGUGCCUAAAAGUGUCCAUGCCCAGGAAGGUCCAUGUCCAGAAGAGUACAUACCCAGGAGGGCUGAUAUGGUUAGGCUUUGUGUCCCCACCCAAAUCUCAUCUUGAAUUGUAAUCCCUAUAGUGACCAUAGUCCCCAUGUGUCAAGGGAGAGACCAGGUGGAGGCAAUUGGAUCAUGGGAGCUGUUUUCCACAUGCUGUUCUCAUGAUAGUGAGUGAGUUCACAUGAGAUCUGAUGGUUUUAUAAGGGGCUCUUCCCUUCACUUCUCCUUCCUGCUGUCUUAUGAAGAAGGUUCCUUGCUUCCCCUUCACCUUCUGUCAUGAUUGUAAGUUUCCUGAGGCCUCCCUAGCCAUGCUGAAGUGUGAGUCAAUUAAACCUCUUUCCUUUAAAAUUA